AUGUCGACACCCAAUCCUCGUGGGAGGCGGUCACCUCCCGGCUCUGGAACUCCCGGCCAGGAGACCGGACGCAGAGCAGCAGCAUCACCAGCUUUCGCAGAUAUAUCCAGACUUCCCACCACACCCGGCCGGUUUACGGGUCUCGCAACACCAUCCGCAAACCGUUCGGCCACUCGACGGACACCGCGAACCGGUGCACCGUCUACACCAUUUGGGCUUCGAGCUAUCCAGCGUCGCGCGGCUAAUACACCCGGACGAGACCGGAGAAAGAGUGGACGCCCGCAGAGGGAGACACCGUUCGAUAUUUUGAGGAAUCUGGGGAGAGCUCUUGCUCCUGUGUCGGCGCUGAUUCGUUCGUCACCGCAGGAAGAGCCAGAACCGCCGAAGAAAGAUGAGAUUGAUGAACUCGACAAUGAGCCGGAGAUACCGAAGCCGAGAUUGUCAUUACCGAUAGAGAUGGACGAAGAAGACGAAGAUGGCCCGGAUAUUCCGCCUCCGCGGCUGUCAUUGGCGUUUGAAGAAGAGGAUAUAACACAGGCGUCCAUUGAAUACCCACGAAGAGCAAUGGCGGAGGCGGAUCGCGCGAGGCUUGAGAGAAUGAGUUUCGGCGACGUCAGGUUGAGUGAGAACUUUGGCGAUUUGAGCAGGUUAGAAAAUCUUGACGACUUGUCCGACGCUGGGGACUACACUGGGCUACAACAAGAUGAAGCUGAGGAGAGAGGCGAUGUUACGGGUAUUUCUGCUGGAUUUGAUGCAGGUGGGGAGACUGAUGAUCUCGGACGGUUUAACUUCGACUUCAACUUUCCGAGUCCCAACGCCGCAGCUGCCACUGGUCCGGACCUUGCGCAGGAUGACGAUGACGGGUUUAUGCUGGACACCGCCGACAUGCAGCAUGAGCCAGAGCUCCAGCCAUUGUCAGAGCGCGGCGACAAUGAUGAUGAGGACGACGAUGAUGUGACAGGCGGCUUUGGGAUGGAGGUCUACAUGGGUGAUCAAGCAUCGGAGGCUGGAUCAACCCAACAAGCACCCAUUGGAGGAGGGCUGCGCGACGAACCCCUGCGACAAGGACGGAAAGAGAAGAAGAUCUCACGGCACGGCCACCCAGUUCCAAACUUGCCGGCUGCUAUGGUGAAGAAACUGGCUACCAGAUUUGCACGGACAAGCGCUGGAGCGAAGACAAAGCUCAGUAAAGAGACGUUGGCCGCGAUCGAGCAAGCGUCCGAGUGGUACUUCGAACAGGCCAGCGAUGACCUUGCGGCCUAUGCCAAACACGCGGGACGGAAGACCAUUGACGAGGGAGAUGUCAUGACUCUAAUGAGACGGUAA